AUGACGGUCAAGGCGCGAUCCCGUCAGUCGCUCACGGUUGUUGAUAACCGUACUGGGAAAAGCUACGAGCUUCCAAUCCAAAACAACUCCGUCUUGGCCACCGACAUCAAGAAGAUCAAGGCGCAGCCGCAGCACGACCGUGCCGAGGAUGAGACCAGCCAGGGACUCCGAGUCUAUGACCCGGCUUAUAUGAACACAGCUGUUGUCCAAAGCAAAAUAACCUACAUCAAUGGUCAGGACGGAAUCCUCCGAUACAGAGGGUAUCCCAUAGAGCAACUCGUCAACAAGAGCAGUUUCCUCGAAUCCGCAUUCCUGCUCAUCCAUGGCGAGCUGCCGACCGCCUCUCAGUACCAGAGCUGGCAAGACGAGGUCAUGCACCACACCUACAUCCACAGCGACAUUGAAGGCAUGUUCAAGUCUUUCCGUUAUGACUCGCACCCCAUGUCCAUGAUGACAUCUGCCUUUGCAACAUUAGGUGCCUUCGCACCGGAAGCGAACCCGUCUCUCCAAGGUCAGAAGUUGUACACGGAUGCUGCGACGGGAAAUCUUGCCGCGCUCCAGGUCCUCGACAAGCAGAUCCUCCGCAUCAUUGGCAAGGCGCCAACGCUCGCUGCUGCAUCUUAUCGUAUGCGGCAGGGCCGGCCGUUCAACCGGCCCGCGCAGGGUUUGUCCUACACAGGCAAUUUUCUCUACUUGCUCGACCACCUAUCCGGACACGGCUACCGCCCACACCCCGUCCUCGAGAAGGCUCUGGACGCCCUGUUCAUCAUUCAUGCCGACCACGAAGUCAACUGCUCCACGGCAACCGUCCUCCAGGUCGGGAGUUCACUCGUGGACCCCUACAGCGCCGUCGCCGCAGGAUGCGCUGCCCUCUAUGGCCCGUCUCACGGCGGCGCGUCCGAGAGUGCCAUUCGCAUGCUGAUGGAGAUUGGAUCCCCCGAGAACGUGCCUGCCUUCAUGGCCAAGGUUGAGAAGCGACAGCGCGUCCUCGUCGGAUUCGGCCACCGCGUCUACAGGAACGUAGACCCGCGAUCAAGGGCAAUUCGGGAACUUGCAGACCAAGUCUUCGAGGUCACCGGUCGCAACAAGCUCCUCGACACCGCACUCGCUCUGGCCAAGCUUGCCGGAGAGAGUGAGUUCAUGCGCAGCCGACACCUGUAUCCUAAUGUCGACUUUUACUCCGGUCUCAUCUAUCAGGCCAUGGGAUUCCCGCUAGACUUCUACCCUGUCUUGUUCGCGGUGCCUCGAUGUGUCGGCUGGCUGGCCCACUGGCGCCAACAGAUGCUCAACCCGUCGGGCGUCAAGAUCUGGCGGCCUAGGCAGCUGUACAUCGGUGAAGGACAGAGAGACUAUGUCGAGGUGGAGAAAAGAAAGCAACGGCCUGCUUCUGGAGCUUUUGAUGCCCCCGCUGAAGUCAGCCACGGCGGAGACAGCAAGAGGAACAAACUGGCGACUUACAUGGAUGAAAGGGGUCAUAUACUGAAGCCGAAGCUAUAA